AUGCUGCCUACCUUGAAGCUUCUGUCUAAACACAGGGCGGCAGUUGGCGUCGCCGCGGUGGCAAGCACUGCUUUUGCGUUGUUUGGAUAUGAUACCACAAUUGCUGGAGGGGUCAUUGCUCUCAAAAGCUUCCAGGUCGAGUUCAAGCUUUCAACAAAUGCGGUCAAGUCCGCAGAUAUCUCAUCAAAUGUCGUGGCCCUAUUGAACUCCGGAGCGUUCUUUGGUGCUCUUGCUCCUGCGCUUCUAUCCCGAUAUAUUGGUCGCAAAGUGCUAAUGACUAUUGCUGCUUGCUUCAUGCUGCUUGGCGGUACUCUUCAGACCUCUGCACAACCACCAUCUAUUUCCAUGAUUUAUGGUGGACGAGUCAUUUCCGGGUUUGGGGUAGGGAUAGUCAGCUCUCUAAUUCCCAUGUACAUUGCAGAGACAGCACCGAAACAGCUUCGCGGACUUCUCAUGUCAUUUACGGAACUUUCCCUGGUGCUUGGAAGUAUGGUCGCUUACUGGACAGUGUAUGGUUGCUCGUUACAUCUCAAGCCCACGAGCAAGCAAUGGCGAGUCCCAUUAAGUCUCCAAGUUGUCCUUGGAGCAAUCAUUCUAAGCGGAUCAUUUAUCAUCGUCGAGUCCCCUCGUUGGCUUGGGAAACAAGAUCAAUGGGAUGAAGCGGCAAAGGCUUUACAGUGGCUUAGAGGAGCCUCUUCUUCAGAAGAGGUGAGAGUUGAGCUAGCCGAGAUCCGUGCUCAGAUCGAAGAAGAGAUCAAAGCAACAUCUGGGCGAUCAAUCAAAGAGUUAUUUCAACGGCAGAAUCUCUUUCGCUUAUUCUGGGCGUGUGGAAUAAUGGUUCUUGCCGUUGGAACAGGUCAGACAGCAAUUUUGUACUAUGCUCCGACGGUGUUCAAGCAGAUAGGCUUCACCGGCCAGAAUCCAGGGCUUCUCGCUAGUGGGGUGUUUACGGUCGUCAAAGUCGUUGCUACGAUCUUGUUUCUUACACUGGUGGUUCAGAACUUCAAACGAAAGCAUUUAUUUCUGUUCGGAAGUGCUUUGAUGGCUAUUAUGCUGUUCACACUAGGCGCGUUGCUGAAAACUCAUCCGCCUAUUACUGGUCACGCUGCAAAUAACAGUUCAAGCGGCCGAACGAUGAUGGCGACUAUCUACAUAUAUAUCAUCGGAUUUACUGUGUCUUGGGGACCUCUCAGUUGGGUCUAUGUUGGAGAGAUUUUCCCUACUCGAAUCCGCGACUACGGCAUGGCAAUUGCUGUUAUGGUAAUCUGGUUCUUCAAUUUCGUGAUCUCGAAAUGGACUCCGUUAAUCUUUUUAAACCUAACUUGGAAGACAUGGAUGCUUUUUGGAAGUUUCAAUGCUAUUGGCUUUAUUUUCGCCAUCUUCUUGCCUGAGACCAAAGGGCUGUCACUUGAGGAAAUGGAUGUUCUGUUUGGACUCGUAGACGAGUCCACUCGACGUUUGGAUAUCGAAGAACACCUUGGCGUGAUAACAGAUACGACUAUGAUAGGCAUGGAGAAAGGCACUUGAUGCAGAGUUGUGGUCAAAGCGAAUUAUAAGCAUCGUUAGUGCGGAUUACGAGUUGAAGUCAUUAACUGGUCAAGGAAAAGCGCC